CUCACAAAAAAACACGAUGAAUCUUCAAUGAACAAGCCUCGAGACGAAGAUAUCCGUGACCGCAGGAAGAAGCCGGUGAUGCUGUUUAUUCACGGCGGCUCCUACAUGGAAGGCACAGGAAACAUGUUUGAUGCCAGCGUCCUCGCCGCCUACGGCAACGUGAUCGUGGUAACCAUGAACUACAGGCUCGGCGUGCUCGGCUUCCUGAGCACCGGAGAUCAGUCUGCUAAGGGGAACUAUGGCCUGCUGGACCAGAUUCAGGCUCUGCGUUGGCUCAACGAGAACAUAGGCCACUUUGGCGGAGACCCGGAGAGGAUCACCAUCUUCGGCUCUGGAGCUGGGGCCUCCUGUGUCAACCUCCUCAUCCUCUCGCACCACUCUGAGGGUUUGUUCCACAGGGCCAUAGCGCAGAGUGGCACAGCCAUCUCCAGCUGGUCCGUUAACUACCAACCCCUCAAGUACACCAAGAUCCUGGCCCGGAAGGUGGGUUGCACCUACGCAGAGACGGCUGACCUGGUUGACUGCCUGAGGCGCAAGAACUUCAGAGAGCUGGUGGACCAAGACAUCCAGCCGGCCCGCUAUCACAUCGCCUUUGGGCCUGUUGUGGAUGGAGACGUAGUUCCUGAUGAUCCAGAGAUUCUCAUGCAGCAGUUGUGGACUAUUGGCAAAGACAUCUUGAGGGAGACCAUUAAGUUCAUGUACACAGACUGGGCGGACAGGGACAACGGCGACAUGCGGCGGAAGACUCUGUUGGCCCUGUUUACGGACCACCAGUGGGUGGCACCAGCUGUGGCCACUGCCAAACUCCAUGCUGAGUUUCAGUCCCCAGUUUACUUUUACACGUUCUACCACCAUUGCCAGACCGAGACGCGGCCCGAGUGGGCCGACGCCGCGCACGGAGACGAGAUACCUUACGUGUUCGGCGUACCAAUGAUCGGUGCCACGGACCUGUUCCCGUGCAACUUCUCCAAGAACGAUGUGAUGCUGAGCGCUGUGGUCAUGACUUACUGGACUAACUUCGCAAAGACUGGGGACCCCAACCUGCCCGUCCCUCAGGACACCAAGUUCAUUCAUACCAAGCCCAACCGCUUCGAGGAGGUCAUCUGGACCAAGUUCAACUCAAAGGACAAGCAGUACCUUCACAUCGGUUUGAAACCUCGUGUCAGAGACAACUACAGAGCUAACAAAGUGGCCUUUUGGCUGGAAUUAGUCCCUCAUCUUCACAGCCUGCACGACGUGCUCUUUCCCACC